CCUAAGCUCCUGCUCUUCCUCCGCACUGUAUCUCUUCCCAGAAACACAGGAUCUGGUUUUCUAAUCGGAGCAUAGUCGCCGGCGAACUACAAAGGGAUACGUUGUGAAGUUCCCCACGCCGCCAAUAUAUCGAUUAUCAAUCGAUACCAGUAUGUUUAAUCUUGCUGCAACAAUCUGCAAGCGUGUGAAUGUGAAGGAACUAGUUACCAAUGUUCCUGUGUAUGCCAGCAUUUCUGAUGGGUCCUCGAAUGGUCUAAACUUGAUGGUUAGGCGAUGGGCUACCAAAAAGACUGCUGGUUCCACAAAGAAUGGACGAGACUCCCUACCCAAGAAUCUUGGUGUGAAGAAAUUUGGUGGUGAGAGGGUGUACCCUGGAAAUAUUAUAGUUCGUCAGCGAGGAACUCGAUUCCAUCCUGGAAACUAUGUUGGGAUGGGGAAGGAUCACACACUCUAUGCCCUAAAGGAAGGAAAGGUGAAGUUUGAGAAAAACAAGCUGACUGGUCGCAAGUGGAUUCAUGUUGAACCUGUGGAUGGGCAUAUCCUCCAUCCUGUCUACGCGAGCACUUCCUCACCUCAGCUGGAGACACUCCAGCAUUCUUAACUUAGUGAAGCUCAAUUUUGUUGCUUGUUAUGGGAUGAUACAUUUAGAUUAUUAGAGCAAGAAUGUAGGCAUCUUGAAGAUAGAAACUGAGUUAAACAAUGUGUUCCCCCAAUACUGUUUCAUUUGCCUUUUCUUUAGGUGUUGUCAUCUCCUUUUGCCUUUCAGGAAUAAAAAUCUUGUGUCAAGUUUCAAUUGCAUGUCAUGUUUCUACUGCAAUGAACUGAUGAUUACCAACUGUUAGGAAAACAUUUCAAUUUUUAUUGGUUUUCUUGUUGGGUUGAUUAUUUAGAGUCCAUGAAAGUUGCUUGACUCAAGGACUGGCAUUAUUGAUAAUUAGCUUUCCAGGAGCUGAAUCUAGUUAGGUGGGUAAGUUUUCCAGUUACAUUGGGAAAUUGUUUUAACAGAAUUUAGAGUCUGAGCCCAAAAAAUAGCUCCAGGUACAACAUUUGUUCCCAGCAUUGUUACAGUGCCGCUGAAUUGGUUGUCGUGCUUUGUGAAAUCUUUAAGAACGAAGGAAAUACCCCAACCGAUUGGGUGAGUGCCAUUGAGGGAACUUUUUGGUCCUUAUCGGGUUUUAAAGAAAGAGACGAAGAAGAACACGCUCGGUUUGGAAAGCAAAUUGGAGCUGCUUCAAAGGGAAGAAGAAUAACAUGCUCAAGAACUU